UCAGCCCUUUUAAAUACUAUCUCCGCUUCUGGCUGAAGAGGGACUUGUCUGGUCCCUCGUUCCUCUCGUUUCCAUUCCUACUCUUAUUUAAUACUAAUUGCUGACUUUUCGCUCGUUCUAUAUCGACACAUAUAAUACUCUUAAUUGGGGCAGUAGGAAAUGAGGUCAUUGUUUGUCGUGCUGGUGCUCGCCAGCUCCACGCUCGGAGCGGCGAUCAACCACCGCGAUCAGAAUGAACUAGAUAUUGAGAAGCGUAGCGAGCUCUUGGGGAUGCGCUCGUACAAUCCGCCAGUGGAACCCGAUUACUACGACGAUGUCCCAAGCUUCCCUCCAAUGUAUCAUCCGGUGGAAACCAGUCUCGACGAUAUUCCAACCACCGAUUGUGAGGAGAUUACGACUGAGCUGCCAUCCAUGCCCACAUCAGUUCCGGUGCCGAUCACAACUGAGUGCGAGGAGACCACCACUGAACAGCCAUCUGCUCCCGCACCUACGACCGAGUGUGAGGAGACGACUACUGAGCAGCCAUCUAUUCCUGCACCUACAACUGAGUGUGAGGAGACUACUACUGAACAGCCAUCUAUUCCUGCACCUACAACUGAGUGUGAGGAGACGACUACUGAGCAGCCAUCUAUUCCUGCCCCUACAACCGAGUGUGAGGAGACGACUACUGAGCAGCCAUCUAUUCCUGCCCCUACAACCGAGUGUGAGGAGACGACUACUGAGCAGCCAUCUACUCCUGCCCCUACAACCGAGUGCGAGGAGACCACUACUGAGCAGCCAACCACUCAUGUUCCAACCACUCCUAUUCCAACCACUCCUGUUCCAACUACUCCCGUUCCAACUACUCCUAUUCCAACCAUGAAUACCACUCAAGUCCCUAUCCCAACCACAACAGAGUGCGAGGAGCCGACUACCCUCCCUGGCACGACUAAGACUUUAACCGUAACCACAACUUUUAGCACUACGACUUGCCCAAUUAUUACUGAAACCAUGACAAGUGGUUCUAUCACGAUAACCCAGACCCGAACAUUGACGCAAACAGUUACCAGUACCAUAGUUGCCACAACUCUUAGCGUGAUUCCACCAGAACCAACGAGCCCUCCAGUGCAUUCGACUCCUGGUACCCAGCCGCCAAAGCCGCCAAAACCCCCGCACACACCUGUGCCACAGCCUCCCCAGAGCUCUCCAGCCCAUUCGGUCCCAGAAGUCCCUCCUACCACGCCUGAACCCGAGACGCCCCCGGCUACUGCUCAACCGCCUGCGCCCACUCGUACGCUCACUACCGUACCGCAACCACCGCCCAAGCAAAGCACCCCGACUGCACCUCAAGAACCUGAGUUCACUGGCGCUGCUACCCGUCUUCAAGGUGGAUUGACUGCUAUCUUGGCUGUGGCCGCCAUUAUGGUGGUAGCAUAAGCCGAGCGAUGUUUAACGGCGAUUCUCCUCCGAUAAUGUUGCAUUUGCCAGGAUAAUUUAAUGCCUAUUAUUUUGUGAAUGGCUCUUUGUAUAGAGAGAGAGUCAAUGAAUGAAUCAACCUUUCUACAUAAGCCCCUCUUGCUUGUACUUACUCUCCUUCACACCAAUUUUUCCUCGAAUCUUGUCAUAUGACUCGGAUUUCUCAGAUAAUACGAGUAUUUCAGGAUGUUACUUUUGCCCCUGCGUAGUCUAACUGCAAGCGGAACCCGGGAGCGUGGACUGCUGUUGCUGUUGCUUCAUCCUUGUUUGGAAUUAAUGUUACUCGUUUGAUCGAGCCAGUGAUACUUGUGCUAAUAGCGGCCAAUUUAUAUACCUUGUGCCAU